CAACGCAGUCGGCACGCGUUUGGCUUUCUCGCCUCGCGGGUUUUUUUAUUCGUUGAAGUGACAAACCAACCAAAGAAACACAACAAAAAUCGCAGAGAAAUCGGGGAAAAUCCCAGUGUGUUGGAUCAAGUAUAAAUCAUGUGCGAGGAAAUCGAGGCAAUUCGGAAAGUCGAAGGAGUUGAGCCAAAGAUGAAAUCAACAGCGAGAAAUUGCCAGUCAUAAAAAAAGGGAAACGCAAGUGCUUCCAGCAAUAAACUUCCACCAACUGUGGCAACCAAUAAGCAAGGAACCAUGGCCACCAGCACCUCGAAUCCCUCCCGGAACGGUGGCUUCUGUGGUGCACUGCAGCGGGCCCCGCCCCCCAUGCCGCCCACCCUCAUCCGCCGGCUGAGCAGCCGGGAGUGCUACGGCGUGGGCAAGGUGAAGGUCAUGCUGCGGGUGGCGGAGCGGGACAGGAACUCCGCCGGAGCGGAGCCGGACUUUAUGGCCCUGGACAGGAAGAAGCGACAGGUCACGCUCACCGAUCCCAGGAACGCCUGUCCGCCGCCCCAAGCCGCCCAGGAACGGGCGCCCAUGGUGGCCGCGCCCAAAAUGUUCGCAUUCGACAACCUCUUCACCGCCGACGACAAACAGUCGGAUGUGUGUGCAUCGGCGCUAAGCGAAGUGAUACCCGCCGUGCUCGAAGGAUCCGAUGGCUGCCUGCUGGCCAUGGGAUAUCCCGCCACCGGACAGGGCCAAACGGUUCUGGGGGAGGUGGGAGGCGGAGGUGGGAAUGCCAGUGGCAGUGGGGGGGCGUGUUCCCUGGGAGCAGCCCCCUGUGCCAUCGCCUGGCUCUACAAGGGCAUCCAGGAGCGGCGGCAGAAGAGCGGGGCGCGGUUCUCGGUGCGGGUGAGUGCCGUGGGUGUCAGUGCCACCAAGCCGGAUGCUCUGUCCCAGGAUCUCCUCAUCUCACAUGCAGCCGAAUCUGACGACUCCCCGGGGAUUUAUUUGCGUGACGACUUCCUUGGCGGUCCAACGGAACUACGUGCACCCACCGCCGAGCGUGCCGCUCUCUUCCUCGACUCGGCGCUCGCCGGACGCUUAAAAAGUUCCGCUUCCACGGGAUCCGGCAGUUCGGGCGGUUCGGGGAGUUCGGGAUGUGCCGCCACCCCCCUGGAGUCCGCCCUCAUCUUCACGCUGCACGUCUACCAGUACAGCCUGUCCCGCAAGGGAGGUGUUGCUGGCGGUCGGAGCCGUUUACAUAUCAUCGACCUGGGCGGGUGUGCGAAUCGCAGCGGGGGAUUGCCGCUGUCGGGGAUCGGGAACAUACUGCUGGCGAUUCUUUCGGGGCAGCGACAUCCCCCACACAAGGACCACCCGCUUACCCCGCUGCUGAAGGACUGCCUGGCCCCCAUCACCUGCCAUGUGGCCAUCGUGGCCCAUGUGCGGCCGGAGCAAAGCUACCAGGACGCCCUCUCCACGAUUCAAAUCGCAUCCAGAAUUCAUCGCCUGCGUCGCCGGAAGCAUCGGGUUCCCAUGCCCCUGGCCGUGGGCUUGGCCCAAGGACUCGGCGGCAAUGGCUCCUCUGCGGGAUCGGGGGCAGAUCCAUCGAGUUCGGAAAUCUCCGCCGACACAGUCAUCUACUUGGGACCCAAUGACGACGCCACGGAUGGGGAACAUCCGCCCGUAUAUCUGCCAUCGCUGAGUGCGGGCGACAAUCGCGGGGUGAUGAGCAAGGCCCUCAAGGGGAGUGGUUUGGAGAAACCCCCCUCGAAGUCAGCCUGCAACAGCCCCAUGAUGAUGAAGAAGGCCAUGGCAGCGGAGAAAGCCAAAAAGCUGCCGGGGAGCAACACAGGCAGUCUGAAGCGACAGGCGGGAGCGGGAGCCUGCUCCUCGCCGCUGAUUCCCCACGAGCAACCGCAGGCCAUGGGCUCGCCCAUUCCGAUUCCCCGGCACAUGGUGUCCAAGGGAUCGAUGGUGCCCUCUCCCAAGGGAUCGCCCAUGCGAAGAGCUCAUCCGGGAGCGGCACUCGAACAACUGGAGGCGGGAAUGAGGAAAAUAACCGAGGAGCAGUGGAUCGAUGGACCGCGCGUUUCCCGGGCCAAAGUGGCAGAGGCACGUCAUCUGAUGCGGGAGGUGAAUCACGUGAAACAGUGCGAAACCUGGGUGGAUGGCCCAAAGUCGCAAUCCUGCAGAUCCCUGACAGCCGGAAAUCUGCCAGCAGCCGGAGCGAGUCAGACGCAGGGAUACGGAUUCAUGGACGCCCACAAGAAGACCAUGAUUCGCCAGUGGGUGGAGAACCAGACCACGCAAGUCUUCCAAAGUACAGUCUCCGCAAGCAACUCGCCCACGGCUCUGCACUGGAAACUGUCGCAGCUGAAGCAGAAGUCCCUGGAUCUGCCGGACAGACCCGCUUUCAAUCCGGAGCCCUCCUUGGAUCUCAAUCAGCCGUGCUUCGAGAGCCUUCCCCUCUUGGAUCCCGCUCCUCCUGAUGGAGAUGAGGACGAGGAUAGCGGUCCCUCGGAGGUUCCUCCUGCUCUUCCAUUGCUCGACGAUCCCCUGGGCUCCAGGGAUAUAUCACAGGACAACCUGCACAGGAUGCUGUCGAGGCACGUGUCCAGGGAGCAGCUCCACGAGGCUGAACUGGUGGCCAGUAGGGCCUCCUCCUCGCAUCAUCCCUCGCAACGGAGCAUCGACUGUGGCCUGCAGGUCACGGAGGAGGAGAUCGCCAGGACCAUGGCCAGGGAUCGGGAUCACGACCACGGCGCUCAUCCCCUGGCUGCUCUGAGUCACACGGACAACAUAUCCUUCGUCUCCAGCUUCAACAUGGCCUGUGAAUCCUUCAGCGAAUGCGGCGAGAGGGCAAGACACCAAUUUGAUCAAUUGGCCCGCCUGCACGAGAUAUUCACCUCCCAACUGGCGAUGGCGGAGGUCACGCCCUCGGCCGCCCUCUUCCGAACGGAUAUAGGGAGCGUUUUCAGCGAGCCCGUCUACCACUUCAAUGUGGGCCAAAGUAGCGUUUGCAGUGAGCCAGCUUACCGAUUGACACCCAGUCCGCCAAAACAACCUUCUCACAGUCCGAGUCAAGGAUCACUGCCCAGUUUGAAUGGCAUAAUGGAGAUCGCCGGGAUGGAUGAUUACGCUCUACUCCGCCAACCAGAUGGAGCUUCCGAUCCGAAUCUGCAGAAGGGAGAAAAAAGAUUUACCCCCCAGCACGAUGAUAUCUGCGAGUUGGAUGAGAAGGCCAUGGCGGCGGCGGUGGGCAAGAGGAACUCCCUGGAGGACACGCAGCACAAGCUGAAUGAGAUCACCAAUAUUCUACCACUGGCUGCCCAAUCAAGACUUCCCUUGCUGCCAUUGAACACCAGUUCCGAGGCCUACGACAGUGGUCACGAUUCCAACUCCACGCCGAGAACCUCCAAGCACUCGGGAAUCUCCCGGAGGGCAGAAAGUGGCUACCACAGUGUGGCCACCGUAAGGGAUUCCGAUGAGAGCAGCUUUGCAUCCGGAAUGUCAAAGGGUCAGCGACAUCGCAUCACGAUUUCCGGAUCAGGAGCAGUCACAACGACGGGAAUCGGAAAUUAUCAGAGGCAGUGCCACAAGAAGCGACAUCGACAGGAUCAAGCUGGAAACAACAAGGGUCUCUGCAACUGGCUACUGACUCCCUUUUCCUGCACUUAUCCAGAGACUGAGGGUGAGAUCAGCGAUUUUUAAACCAACGAAGACCGCAUCCAAGUCCAAAACACCCACCAAAACAAAAGAAAGAACGAGAAAAACCGAGCUAGUCUAGCGCAUUCAAAAUGGCCAAAAAAAUGAAACAAGCAAACAUAAACCAAAAAUGGAAAAAUAUCAUACAGUUUUAGGAAAACACGACUAGGAUGAGGUAGAAGGAUAGGGGAUCUUUGAUAGCGACUGAUUAACUUUUACUAGGCGACGGCUGCCACAACAACAAAAACAAAACAAGAAAACACAAACACAAAAAAUAAGGGAAAACAAAAACCAGUGAAAAGGAAAAAUCAAUUUUAAAGUAAUCUAAUAACUAACCCAAUUACCUAAAUAACUCAUAAUUAAAUCAGUGGGUUGCGAAGCUGUAAGGUAAUUUGAAGUUCUCAUAAAAGAAUUUAUUUAUUAUUAUAGAAAAAAGUCAAAAUACAAGUAAACAUAUCUUUGGAACCAUCUGUAUUUAAAUUUAAAGAAACCCUUUUUGAAGCUAAUUACUUACCAUAUCUUUUAAAUAUCAUACAAUCCAGAUUUUUCUAGAAUUUUUAAAGCAACGCAUUUCUAUUGCCUUACAGUUGUGUAACCCACUGUCUACGCUAUAAAUCAAUCGAAUCAAUCACUCACUCACUCACUAAAUACACGCAUAAGUUCAAACGGGGCUUUAAAUAUCUUAAGUUGCCAGCUAGCAUAAUGUCGGAUAAUCGGGACAACAUUUGAAGUUAAGGAAUUAAGGAUUCUUGCUUGAAAGAAAGUCCCGACCAUCCCUAUUGUAUCUAUAAAUAUUGAACAUAAUAUAUUAUUAACAUAAUCAGGCUACAAUCACUAUGACUUUACAAUGCAGAGAUACAUCUAUAUACAUACACUAUAUAUACACGCGAACAUAUAUAUAUACACACUCAAUAUACAUACAUAUAUCAUAUAGCUAUUUAUUGUUUAGUUUGGGUUAUCUGUUCGGGCAGUCGAUUUAAGAUCAAGUAUGCUAAAUGUUGAAUGUUUGCUUAUUCAAACGAUUUAUUGCCAAUUAUAAGUUACAAAAUGUUUAAAUUAAUUGUUAGUUAGCUAAAGUUAUACACAUCUACUACUAAUCAAGGACAAGAGCGACAAGAACCACUGACUAUAAAGCGAAACGGUUUUUGCACAGUAGACAAAUGUUAAACAUACAAUUUUGUUGCCAUUUUUGCCUAAAUAAACUAUGUUACAAAACGAAAAACGAACAAAAUGAAAUGAAACCAAACGGAAGCAUGACGAAAAUUCAACAAAAAAUAAAUAAAUUAUAUAUAUUUAUCAGAGAUACAUAUUCUAUAAGGAAGGCGGAUCGAUGGAUGAUUUUAAGGAAACCUAAUGCAUAUUCUAUAUAAUUAACGUAACAAAUAUAUUACACAACACAUAAUGAAUGCCAGCAGAAUGAAAGACGCCCGGAGGUAUGCAACGAUUUGUGCGCCUUUUGGGGGAAUAGCUUCAAUUUUGUGCCGCAUUUUGUUCGUUUCGAUUCGAUCACCAAACUAUAAUUAAAAUUAUCGACAUUCCUUCAUUGCCUUUUUAGUCAGCGUCAUCAGCAUAUAAACAAAGCGAAAUGUCUAAGCCAUACAACACACACUAAUUAUAUUGCAUUAUCCAUACAUAUUUCGUACAAUUAUUAUUCCACUUAUCAAGCGUAGUUAAUCACCCACAAAACCCGCUCUCGUAUGCUUUAAAUUCUAAACAUAAUCACCGAAAGUCCCAAAAACUCCCCCUCUCACACGAAAUCUUCUUUCAACCCAAAUUGCAAUGUGCAACCUGCUAAAUCCAACCUACGUGCAUAUAUAUAAUAUGAUACAUCCAAACAUACAUACAUCUAUGAUGGAGUCGUCGACUUCGGCGCUGAAUACAGACUAAU